AAAGGGCAGAAAGAGAGUCGGCACCUUUUUGGGGCUUCUCGGCGCGCAGUUACAUGCGAUCAUCACCACACGUUGGUUAUUUUCUUUUUUCAUUCUUCCUUUCUUUUUGUUUGUUCAAGAAAAAGAGACCCUCCCCCACCUAGUGUGUGUGUCUUUUAUAGCAACGUCCUCGUAUAAAAGUGGCUCAGUUUGCCAGUUUGCCACCCAAAACGCUGCCAGUGCUUCGCGCAUCGACAACCAAUUUUUUUAUUUCAAAAAAUAAUAUAAAAGAAAAAAGUGAAUCAUGUCCCGUCGUCGAUUCUAGUGCCAUUCGCGUGUUCUGUUCUAUAAAGUGAUUUGUUUUUCAAAAUUUGAACCACGAAAAGAUUGGAAAUGAAGUGCGCCGUCGUUCUCUUUUACGUUUAUUCGCAUUUGAUUGGUGUGUCGUCCACUCCGGUUCCAUCUGAAACCAAAAACAAUGUCAUUAAUAGCAACAACAGUGUGUCAAACAACAAUAACAGUGCGUUGAUUACCGACAAUUUGUCUAGUCUUCAUCGUUCACAACAACAACAAAGCGAACAAGACAAUUCAGAAUGGGAAGUUCUAUACGACAAGGAAAUUGGUACGUGGUGUCAACCGUCUGAUGACGAUGUGCAAACCGUUGGCCAACCCAUCACCUAUUCGCCUUUGGAAUUGGUCAAUCGAGAAUUGCAACGAAUGAGCCCAGUGGUGAACACGGGACCGGCCGCUCCGAUUCCCGAUGCUUCGGUGUUGACACGAUGGGUGGACGCGGCACUGCGAAUCGUUCGCGGCCAGACUCUUCAAUUCAAUUGCAAUUCAACAGAUGCCAUGUGUUCCCGACCAACAGAGGACCAACACGAAGAGAAAGAAGAAGAACAGCAAAGUACCAUAGCCAAUAGCCGGCCUGUGGCCAGCAAUAUGAACCUGUACGUGGCCACCGUCGAUAAACAGCAGCAGAAAUGGAAUCAUAAAUUGGACGCCGUCUUACCUGACGGCGCCCUGACCAAAACAGGCGCUCACGACGCCUGGAUCGUCCUCGACCCGACACCUCAUCUCGCCUUUGGCCACACUCUCUACGUCUUUGUCGUCGAUUACAACACUUCGGACGUCAAUUGCAUCGCCGCCGGUGGCAUUCCAUUAGAUGGCGAUGAAUGCAUGAACCGAAUUUUCAAGAACCGAUGCGCCAACCGGAUGAUGGUGAGACGGGCGACUAAUGCUGCUGCACCGACGACUAAUUGGCGUCAUCCGCACCGUUGCGACGUUGAUUUCUUGCCGCUGGUCCAUUUGCAAAAUAAAGCGCCUUUGCAAAGCGAGCAACGUUUGGUGUGCACCAAUCAAGUCAAAGGAUUGGCGCCGUGCCCUCAACUCCGCUCGUGGAACGAAACAUCCGAAUUGAUUUGCGAUCCUUUGAGUACGAAUCACAAGCGAUGCGACAGUACGCAAGACGUGGUCAAGACCAGAUGUCGUCUGUUUGAAACGUGCGAUCAGGCGGUCCUCCUCUCUGGCGGAUGGAAUUGGCAAUGGAGUGGGGAAAGAGAACUCGGCCGGCUCAUGUCCGUGUACCGCAUGUUGCGUCACAACGGGUUCGACAAGCAGAGCGUCAAAAUCUUUUUCGCCAACGGCGCCAGAGCCAAAAAAGGAGCAUCAGGAGCCGAACAACAGCCCAGCAAAGCAGCCGAUCCGAUUGCAUCCGAUCCGUUUUCAUUUUUCUCUCCGAAAGUGUUGCCCAAUCAAAAAACGGCUGAUGUCAAACCAGUGAAUCCGCAUCGACAUCACGAUCAUCACGAUGCCAGCGAACGACCGGCCAUGUAUCCGGCCUCGUUGAAAAUCGGAUUACGCAAUCACAUCCGCACGGUGUGCACCACUCCGCACUGCGCCGAUUCGUUCGUCAUUUACCUGUCCAGUCCCACACGAUCGGAUGGUGCUUCCCUCUUGUGGGAUGCCGAUAAUAACGGAGAGUAUGAUGAAACGAAAGUGUACACGAUUCGAGAAUUUCUGCGAGACAUUCAAGAUUGCUUGGCCCGCCAGGUGGUCGUUUUAGUGGAUCAAAAUUAUUCGGGUUUAUUGGCCGACAGUUUGAAACGAUCCAAACGUCAUGCCAAUGUUUUGAUGUUCACCAGCGGCCAAUCGCAGCAGCUGUCGAUGGUCGGCGAAUUCACACACCAUUGGGCUAAUUAUCAUCACGGCCAUUCUUGUCUCUCGCAAGCGUUCAAGGAUUCUUUAGAUGUCAUUCGAUUUUCUACAAGUCGAUACGAGGACAACUCUAAUGGAACAUUGAAAUACAAUCUGUUCGGGGCGCCGUGCGACGCCGUUCCGCCCUAUUCCAGCUACGAGCUGAAAUCGCUUUACAUGGGAUGCCAGUACGUGCCAACACGACUGUGGCUCAGCCGGCCAGGAACUCAAGUCGAUCCACCUCCACGGCUUUUAACUGGACGACGAAGACGAUGAAAACAAUUUGUUUUAAAAGAAAUUAAAACACUUAAUUCUUUUUUUUUUACAUUAUCUAAAUUAUGACAGUGAAAUCGAUUGUUUUUGGCAUUAUUAUUCUAUUUUGAAUGUUUCUUUUUUUUUUUCAUUUAAUGGCCGGCCGAUAACCGUCUCUCAGGUCUUCAGGCAUUUUUAAGCGUCCUUUUAUGGUACCGUGUACUUCUUUUUCCUGAUAUAUGUUUAGCCUUGACAACAUUUGAGAAAAAGAGAAGCUAUAGACAAAAAUAUUACAAUCAAUAUGUGUUUUUUGACCCAUCUUUUUAUAAGUAAAUAGCCCCAUAGUUUA